AUCGUCCACCCCUGGCUUGCAAAUGUUAGGCACCAUCUUGGCACUCUUCUCCAUUAUUUCCGUAGCGAUGGCCAACAAGGAGCGUACUUUCAUCAUGGUCAAGCCUGACGGCGUCCAGCGUGGACUCGUCGGCAAGAUCAUCGAGCGCUUCGAGCAGAAGGGCUUCAAACUGGUCGCCCUGAAGUUCACCUGGGCCUCCAAGGAGCUGCUGGAGAAGCACUAUGCUGAUCUGUCCAGCCGCCCCUUCUUCCCCGGAUUGGUCAACUACAUGAACUCCGGCCCAGUCGUCCCCAUGGUUUGGGAGGGUCUGAAUGUGGUCAAGACCGGCCGCCAGAUGCUCGGUGCCACCAACCCCGCCGACUCUCUGCCUGGUACCAUCCGUGGCGACUUCUGCAUCCAGGUCGGACGCAACAUCAUCCACGGAUCCGACGCCGUCGAGUCUGCCGAGAAGGAGAUCGCUCUGUGGUUCACUGAGAAGGAGCUGGUCAGCUGGACUCCAGCUGCCACCAACUGGGUCUACGAAUAAAUGCAUAGAGUUCGCAUUACUCAGUCUCUCAGCCUAAUUUAAAUACAGAGAUUCUUCAAAAGAAAUAAAAUUCCACAACACACAUA